UCCCUUGAGGACGCGGCGCGGCGGCUGGCGCGCGCUCGGCUCCGGGCUGCGGAGGGGAGAGCUCGAGCUCGAGCUCGAGCUCGGAGGGACUCUGGGAGCUCGCGCGGCAGAGACGUGAACUCUUCCCCUUCUGUCGCUGCAGGCGCAGAGCCCGGGGGAGCCGGCCCCUCCUCGCCGCCAGGCAGACUGGGCGGCUGCUCCGCGUCAGACGCCGCAUCUCCCAACCGGCUCUCGCGGCCCCGAGAUGCCUCCUCGGGGGGAGAGCAGCAGGCUGUACCCGGCCCCUAUGGGCGCGAGCCAAGGCGCGGAGAGCGCCUGCGCGGGGCGGUUCUCCGGAAUCCUCCCUCAGCCGGCGCAGGCGGCCAUUUUGGCUCUGGCUCUGGGGACAGGAGCCCGCAGGAUAAAGCGCGAGCCGAGCGAUUUUCGCUUCCUCACUGCGGAGUUGGCCCAGCAGCCGCCCCUCGCCAGCGCCCUGGGCCUGGCUGCGUCCGCCGCCGCUCUGCGCGCCCCCGGGCCCCGCUGCCGGCCGGAGAGCGAGGCGGGAAGGAUGCCCCGCCGCUGAGAGAGGAGCAGCGGCCCGACUGCCCUUCCCGCCCCAUCCGGCUGCACGUUGGGCCUCCGCCUGCCCGGCCGCAGGGAUUCCUUUCCCGGCCGUGCCCUCAGGUCCCCCGCCCGGGCUUCCCGUCGCCUGGCUUUCUCCGGCCGGGCGUUUCUCUCUUCGGGUCUCUCCGGCCGGGCCUUCGGGCUCCCCCGCCCGUUGCCAUGUCCUCGGCCGCUCGCUUCGACUCGUCGGACCGCUCCAGCUGGUACGUGGGCCCGCUCUCGCGGGCGGAGGCGCAGACGCGGCUGCAGGGGCAGCGGCACGGCAUGUUCCUGGUGCGGGACUCGUCGACCUGCCCGGGGGACUACGUGCUGUCGGUGUCCGAGAACUCGCGGGUCUCCCACUACAUCAUCAACUCGCUGCCCAGCCGCCGCUUCAAGAUCGGCGACCAGGAGUUCGAGCACUUGCCGGCGCUGCUGGAGUUCUACAAGAUCCACUACCUGGACACCACCACCCUCAUCGAGCCCGCGCCCAGGUAUCCAAGUCCACCAAUGGGAUCUGGAUCAGCCCCUACCAUUCCCACUGCAGAAGAAAAUCUGGAAUAUGUUCGGACUCUCUAUGACUUUCUUGGGAAUGAUGCUGAAGAUCUGCCAUUUAAAAAGGGUGAGAUACUGGUAAUUGUAGAGAAGCCUGAAGACCAGUGGUGGAGUGCAGAAACAAAGGGUGUUGGGAUGAUCCCUGUUCCUUAUGUAGAGAAGCUGGUGAGGUCAUCCCCUCAUGGGAAACAUGGGAACAGGAAUUCCAACAGCUAUGGUAUUCCAGAACCUGCCCAUGCUUAUGCUCAGCCUCAGACCACGAGUCCCCUUCCCUCUGUAUCCAGUACACCUGGAGCAGUGAUCAACCCUCUGCCAUCAACACAGAAUGGACCGGUCUAUGCCAAAGCUAUUCAAAAAAGAGUACCAUGUGCAUAUGACAAGACUGCCUUGGCAUUAGAGGUUGGAGACAUUGUGAAGGUUACAAGGAUGAAUAUAAAUGGUCAGUGGGAAGGUGAAGUCAAUGGCAGAAAAGGGCUCUUCCCUUUCACGCAUGUCAAAAUAAUUGACCCUCAAAACCCAGAUGAAAAUGAGUGAUUCCUGUUGCCCAGCUUACACCGCUGCUUCAUUUUUCUGGCUAUGAUGAGCAUCAUUUGAGGUGGGGAUGAUGACUAUUAAUGGCACAUUGUUAGCAUUGUCCAUUUUUCUAGCUUGCUGCAGUUUGAUGGUUCUUUUUAUACACGUUUGGAAUGCACACCACUGAAGCCAUGUGCUGACCAUACCAUAGUUGCAUCAUCCAGACUGUAGUAUCACUUCUAGAACUAUUUUGGCCCUUAAGCUGGAGAGGACAAACCAUACAGGCAGAUAGUAAAUCAGAGCAAGAAAAUAAUCUUUCCUGUUUGAGGCUUUCAGGAACAUCAUGUUCUGGCUUACUCAUUAGGAGGAGAGUUCUAAUCCUCGGAUCAAAUAUGAAACUUUUGAAUCGCUGUCCAAACAGAGCAACAACAAAAAAACUGCAGUUUUGUGGCUGAGGAAGGGAAAACCUGAAUUUUAGAGAAAAUCUGUCCUAAGAUAAUAUAGUUAAAAAAAGUAUCUUUAUAGACAAUAAUUGGGACUCUUGUACAUUUUGAGCAGCUACUUUAACAAGGCUGUUUUUGUGAUACAACUCUAACCUUGCUGUUGACUUAGAAAUAAAGUUUGUGUGAUUUAAAGACAUCUAUAAGAAAACUUUAGUUGACAUUGUAAAUGAUAGCCCAGUUUGUUAUAUACAUAAAACCAAUUCUGCAGACUAUUGAAUGCAAAUAUAAAAGUUCCUGGAUGAUUUGCAAGCAAAAACUGUAGAAACGAGCUUUAAAAGAGAAACACUUAAGCCCGGUCUACACAGACUUUUGUACUGGUAUAUAGCUCUUAACGAGAAGUGUAAGUUUUUUGUUUUUUUUUUUGUUUUUGUUUUUUUUUUAAAGUUUUACUAGUACAACCUGGUUUGUGGGAGGGGAAGAAAUAAAGGUGCCUUAUAUUGACAUAAAUUAUCAGUAUAAUUGCAUCCACACCAGGGGCUUGUACCAUUUUAAACUUUUAUAGGUAAACACAGCAACUUGUGCAGAUGAGCCCAACUCCAUGACCUUCCGCCUGCCUCUUUUUAAAUGAAUUUAAAAAUUUAAAUAAAUAAAAUACAUGUGUAAAAUUUUUUGUUUGUUUUUUUAACCCCUGUGAGGCUCUGUUUAUAUCUUCCCUACAGAAGCUGACAACUCUAAAUAGCAGGAUGAUGUACUUUUAUCCACUUUAGGUAUUAAGGAUGCCUUCAAGCAUAGAAAAAGAUGCAGAAAUCAAAACUUUGCUUUCAGUAUUUAGAGGAACUUGCAUGAAACAUUAACUCUUAAGAAUACAUGUUCUGACAUAAGAUGAAAAAAAUACUUUUAGGGCUGUUGAGCCCUAAGCACAUGUUGCUCUGAACUCUGUAUUGAAGUGCCUUGAAAUUCUUGGAGGAGGCACUGAAGGGGGGGGGGGGGGGGGAAUUUGCAGCUACUGUUCAUUUUUAGAAAAGCAUCUCAGCUUACCUGUUAAUAUUCUGUAGUGCUCAUCAAAUGGCUGACAGUCUGGAAAAACUCUUCUUAAAGCAUUUUACUGCCAACCAAACUUACUGUGAAAUAGAGUAGCAUUGACUAAAAGUGUGUGGUGCUGUAGGCAAUAACUGUCCUUUGCAAUGGAAACAGUUAUGCAGCUCUAGAAAGCGAGUGUCCCGGUUAAUCCGUUUGCGUCUGGACCCUACUGUAAGGUAUGAAGCUCAUACUACUGAAAGUUAUCUUGUACUUAAACUGCACUAAACUCAGUUUGCAAUAAGGAUAUCUUAUUUUGGCCCUGGCCUAGCUUUUGACAGCUGUCAUCAGUGUAGAGUUUCAUUUUUAAAAAAAAAUCCUUAAACAUGCUUAUUUUUGAUAAAUUUCCAAAUUAAUCAUUUCCUUCCACACUCCCUCAGUGGAUAUACUGUGUACCUGGACCACUGUAAGCACUGUCCUGGGUUGAACUAAUCUGGUGCUCUCCCCAAAAGAAGCAAACAAUCUGUUGGCAAAAAUCUCAGCCAGUGUCAAUACAAGAAAGCACAGAAGAAUUCCUAAAGUGUGAAACUAGUUUUGGACCACUUAAAUGGCUCCCUGUGUCUAACAGUAAACACCUCUUUACUAAAAUUAUUUCACAUUGAACAGUCUGAUUGUAAACUUGCAUCAAAAUAUCUUCAUUAUUUUAUAUAGACUGCAUUUGAUCAGUUUGUGUUUCUCCUUCAAAGAUUGGUUUCUUGAGAUCACUUGUUGCUUGCAGUGCUGUCACUUUUGAAGUGACAGCUUCAAUCUAUGCAUCAUUAAGUGGAUUAUGUUCCACAUUUAACUUUUAUGUAGGUGUCUGGGUUUCAAACUAGCAAUGUUGUCAAAACCAUUAAUCAUGAAAGGUUUACUGUUUGACUUUUUCCUCUGGUGUACAUGUGUAUAUACAUUGAAGCCUCUGAUUAAACAGUUUUCAUUUUAACUUUUCAUACUGGUCAGUGUCCAUCACUGGAUAAGCACUAACUCAAUUUAUAAUUGUUUACAAAUCAGGCAGGAAUAAAUAAAGGGACUAUAUCCUGUUUGGGUUGGGGCUCUGAUUAUAUUUGUAAAGGGAAAAAAAUGCACUCUUUGUGCCAUUUCAUGUGCCUGUAAUUAACUUUUUAUAUUGUAUUAACAUCCUGGGAAUGAGUGGGCUUUUUGUUUAUAGUCAAGUUUUCAAGCAUUUCCAACUAUCUGCAUUUGAAAAAGUGAGACGACAGCCUCUUGGGACCAGUAGAAGUGUUCCUGUAUAGUUGUCAUUUUCAGUUUACUUGUAUUAAAUGAAAAUACAUUCUGGGAAAAGGAAAUUUUUGCAGUGGGAAAGGUGGCCUUCUAUUUGAGACAGUCUUCACUGUGUAAACAUUAAAACAGUAUGUAAUUUAAAGACCAUGAACUUCAGGCAAUAAUAAGCAAGCUUUUAAAGUUUAUUUUGGGGAUCAUAGCUUGUUUUAUUUUUUGUGCUGUAAAAUUAACAGUAUUAAAUGAAUUAUAUUCUUAGA